CCAACGCGUCUCCCCCCCUCCCCCCUAACACGUCAAAAUAACAAAUUGAUUUAUACCCGAGCGAAGUUAGCCAAAACUUGUAUGACUUCGAUCAAGUAUCAAAAUCAUCGAGUCGCGCACGCAGUCGAUGCUGGCAACUUUAGUGAUGUGAAAUAGGUUCAUAUUCAGCGUCAGUAAUGGGACAGGUCAUGUGUGAUGCCAGAGUCGCGCUGUUCAUAUCUCUUCUACAUGGCUUCCUCUUCCUUAUUGCUGGCUCGGGGACUGACGCACCUUUGGAGGACACGACCCUGGACAUCUCGUCAGACCGCUUCAGAUCCGAGUUCCUCCAGGAGUUGCAGUCGGGAGACGCGCCUUAUUUCGAUGUCAGUACUCCUGGCAAUAUCACCGGACUGGUCGGGCAUCCAGUCAGACUGUUGUGCCGCGUUAAGAACCUGCAGAACAGAACGGUGUCCUGGGUCCGGCACCGCGACAUCCACCUGCUGACGGUGGGUCGCUACACGUACACGUCGGACCAGCGCUUCGAGGCGCAGCACCGGCCGCGCUCCGAGGAGUGGGCGCUCCGGAUCCGCAGUCCACAGCGGAGGGACUCUGGACAAUACGAGUGCCAGAUCUCCACGACCCCUCCUAUUGGCCACGCUGUCUACCUGGACAUCGUAGAACCAGAGACAAUCAUAUCAAGCGGCGCAGAGCUGUUCAUCCAAUCCGGGUCCACUAUCAACCUAACCUGUAACGUUCUCCACACCCCUGAACCGCCCACAUCAAUAACGUGGAAGCACGGGGACCAGGCGAUAAACUUCGACUCCGCCCGCGGUGGUAUCUCCUUGGUGACGGAGAAAGGUAUGAAGAGUACCAGUAGACUGCUGGUGCAAAGAGCCAGGGGCGCUGACGCGGGCCCGUACACUUGUGAACCAAACAAUGCGCCUAAAGCUGUUACCAGAGUACACGUUUUAUCAGGGGAACACCCAGCCGCCAUGCAGCAAGGCUCAGCCAGAUCGAAGUCUGACCAAACAGCUUCACUAUUGCUUUGUGUACUAUUUUUUUAUAUAUCUAGAAUAUCAAAUAAUCUACAAUUCGGCACUUGAACAAAAUAAUCACUCUCAAAUAUUUAUAAAAUACUGCGUCUAUAGAAGAACUCAUUUAAGUGAUAUUUCUUUCGAAAUCAAGCGAUUUACGUGUCCGAAAUCAUCUAUUUUGCAAUACCUAUGUGAAUACAUACAAAACUGACAACGAGCUGGCGUAAACUGGUGACAUAGAACAUUUCCAUACAAUUACCAACCUAUCUCAUACAAAGUGGCAAUCCAAUCGGUUAUUUUGAGUGGGACGAAAGAUAUAAUAUAUAUUUAUAGUUUUCAUUUCAUUUUUUCAAGAGAUUAUAAACUACCGUGGAAAUGUGACAUACAACAUUUGUUCCAUGUCCUUCUUUUUUGACAAUUGGAUCCUUGACUGUGUGAAAAAUGAAAUCAGUUUUAUUAAUUUCGAUAUUUACAAUUUUUUUGGUCUCAUUAAAGUUAUAUUGGGGAUGUUCUUUGUCUCCAAAAUCCGUGACGUCACAAUACAUUACUAUCAGCACAAGCUAAUAUAAAUUUUUGAUUUUGUCAUUAGAAAUCAAAAUUUUUUAUCUGUGGGUGAAGUGCGCGUUUGCGUUUUCACAUCUCACCAUCGAAUAAUUUCGAAGCGUGACGCAGCAAACCAAUGAUAUUGCAGUGUGGUUGUCGUUGCGUCACAAUGGCGUAAUGUGAUUGGUUCGCUGUGUCCCUGAUUUGAAUGGGAGUGUAGCCGUAAGUUUACGGGUCAUGCCGAUAGAUACUUUAAUGUAAAUGGUUUAAACAGUUUCCAACUUCACAUAAUGACAAUUAUUAAGAUCCUGCCGCUUUUUACAAAUCCACGGCGUCGUUCAGACGAAACGAAACAUUACGAAUGUUAUUUUUCCAAUUUAGUAUUAUUUAAAAGAUUUUUUCCAAUAAUAAUGAUAUUUAUUUAGCAGAAACAACACACUAAUUUGUUAGUAAUAUUUGUGAAUAUUACACAGAAACGCGAAAGUAUCAGUUACUUCUACACUAAGCCUCGUGGGAGCCAUCACGUUAUAAUAUAUAGUUAAGUAGAUGCGAACAUUUUUUUUGUUUAUAUUACAAAGAAAUACAAAUACUUCGGUCAUUGGUAAUAAAUAUCCUCAUAAAAUGUGUACGUUGUUAUGAUAAUGAGAUUAUUGAUAUUUAAAUAAAUAUCACACAUCAAAUUUCCUCGCCGUGUUUUCCUGUUCUGUAAAAAUGUAUAGACCUCCCUCUUUUGUAGGUCUUAAUAAAGAGAAUAGGGUAUAUCGUAUAAGGAGAUAAAAUCUAUGGCAGGGGAUAGAUGUAAAUGGAGGCAGCUCCACUGAUAAGAACAACGAUUAAAUGCUUAAUUAUGUGGUCUUAUUUUUUCCUAUA